CCUCCCACCUACCUACCCCCAUCCCCUCCAGAGCUUAUUGCCUCUCCAGACUUCCUCCUACCUAUCCCCAUCCUCCUCCGGAGCCUAUGGCCCCUCCUGCCUCCCAUCUACUCACCCUCAUCCCCCUCCAGAGCAAGAGCUCCAUGCCCCUCCAGCUGCCCGAGCGAUCCUCACUCCCUCCAGAGCUAGAAUGUCCCUACCCUUCCAGUUCCAGCAUCCUAUCUACCUUCCCCCAUUCCUCCAGAGCAAGAGCCCCCAGCUUCUCUUCUCCCUGUCCACCCUGAAGAGCCUUCCUUUUUCUCCAGUUUUCUGUCCAUUUUAGCAGAGUCCCCCAGGAAGGACAGCCCUUCCUCCCAUCUACCUAAUCCCCACUGCCAAUACCAGAGCAAGCACCUCCAUCUUCUUCAAACACAUCUCUGUUUCCUUCCCACUUUUCCACUGCCACUUCCAGGCCUCUCAUUACAGCCACUAUUGCUCUAUUAUAUUUUUAUCACUCUUUUCAAGUUUAAUUUAAUUGAUGGUUGAUGAUCCCCCUCCCAGUUGGAAGGAGAAGGAUUGUCACUCCUUGAUUGCUUAGAGUGGCAGCUUCUUUGCAUUCCAGAUCCCUGCUGGCCUGGGGAGCAGGAGACUGGAAAAUGAAAGUUGGAUUACAGUCUACCCUCUCUCUCCCCCAUCCCACCCCCAAUCUUUAGCAGUGGAGUAAAAUGCUCAAGACCAAUAAGCCUGGGAUUGCUCUGUGCCUGAAUUUGCCACCGAUUGGCUGGGUGACUUUACAGAAGUCAUUUCACCUCUCUGGAGAUAAUGAUACUUUCCUAACUCAUACGAGUGUUGAGAUGAUUAUUUAAUGUGUGCACAGGACUCCUAAGAUAUAAAAUGGUAUAUAAGUGUUAAGAGCCCUAUGUAAUUGAAAACAAUUGCUUGGUGAUAGCCAGAAACUAAUCUACAUUAGCAUUAUGUGAGAUCCUGUUUAAAGGCUGUUGAGAAAUUAGAGUACCUUUUUCCUGGAUUUUUCUUUUAAAAUGACAAAGAGAAUUUAAAAGGAGUGAAAGAAUCUUAAACAGGGAUGACUAAAGCUCUAGGCCCGCUAGCUGAUCUUUGCAGUGUGUCCAUUCAGGUCAAGAGAGUUCCACCUGGGCAGAGAGGUUGACCCAUGUGGUCAGACUGCAAGAUGAGGAGUUGGGGAGAGGAGAAUGGUCUGGUUAAGGCACAGGACUCAGGUCAGGAUACCUUGUUUUUGUGUUUAGCUCUGGCACAGACUUCUUAUGUGACAUUGGGCAAGACUUGCAGCCUCACUUUUUAAAUAGGCCAUUGAGUUUGAGUGCCUGAGACACCUUGGGCCUGAUUUUUCAAAGGUGCUAAGCACCUCUAGCUGUCAUGCACUUGCUACUGCAAUACAAAUAAUAACAUAACUUCUGAAAAUUGGACUCAGGUUGAAUAUACACAACUAUUUCAUUCGGCAGAAAAUCCUGUUUUCUCUAUGUAAGCUAACAUUUUUACUUUUAAAUUUCAGAUUAACCUUCUGUGGGUUAAUGAUAGAGAGAAAACUACCAGAAAUCAGACAGAAACUUCCCAAUGAUCUGAUUAGUUCCACAUUUACUGGCUAACAACUUUCCCAGAUGGAACUAGACAAAUCAAUCAAUAGUGCUGUUACUAAAAAGCCUAAUGAAGAUGCUGCAGAGAGUUGCAGGAAAAGAUUAUCUUUUCUAGAUGAUAUAAAUGUAUCCGAAGAUGACCAGAAAUUAAAAGAGACAGUGAAAGUAAUUGCAGGAAAAGAAGUAACUGCAAAGGCCAUUUGCUUUCUUACCUUUGGCCUCUACUUGGUUAAAAGCUUUACCCAGCAACGCUUAGAUAUAGUAGGAGUGACCUACAACAGCAGGACUAGAAGACUGAUCCUCGUGGAUGGCAAAGGGUGGUUCAGCUUGGAUUUACUUGCUUCUAAGACUGUAGGUGAGAGAGAUCUUUAUCUGUCAGGCUCAAGAGUUAAAAGGGAAAUGGAUUUUCACAAGUACCAAUUCAACAUAGUGAGAAGCAUCACUUAUUGUGAAAAAUUCAAUGUUUACUUUGUACUGAGACGAGACUAUGCACUUAAGGUGUAUAAUAAGGAUUAUGAAGAGAUCUGCUCAGUAGAGAAUGUGGAGACACGUCUGUUGACACUUAUGGUAUUCAAUCCUGUGAGUGAUGAACUCAUUACAGGAGGAAUCAAAGGCGUAAAGUUCUGGAAGUUUAAAGAAACAGAGAAUACAGAUUACACUGAUGCAGUUCACAUGUCCAAUUACAAGCUUUUCCCCAGUGCAGAAUUCCCACACAUGAGGCAAAUCUGGUGUACAAAUAUGGAGUUUGAUGUCAAUAUGCAAAGACUUUAUUGCUUUUCUAAUUGCGAUCUCUUCUGCUAUGAUACCAAAGGGAAUAUACUGUUUCAGCUAACCAGUGCCCACCAAAGUACCAUUCUCUCCUGCGUCUAUUCAUCAUACUCCAAUGCUUUGCUUACCUCCUCCAGGGACUCUGAAAUAAAAUCUUGGAAUGACCAGGGCUGUUUGUUGCAUGUGUUUCAUGGCCAUACCAGGUCUGUCACACACAUCCUCCUCCACCCAAACACUUUGUCUUUAUUUAUCUCUGGAUCUUUGGAUGGGACAGUGAAACUCUGGUCCCUGGAUACAAUGGAGCUGUUUUACAGUUUAUCAUUGUUCACUGAAGGAAUUGUUUGGAUGGGCCUGACUGAGGAUAAGUUGCUGUACUGCUCUUCUGCCCGCAAUCUUCAUGUGUAUGACUUGAACAAUUUUACCAAAUUCUGGACUCGUGUCAGCAGUCAGAUUAAGGCUCUGUCCCUCUGUGGUGCCAAUGGGAAAUCCAGCAGGGUGAUAGCUAUGGGCUCUGAUAACAGUUUACGAAUUUUCUCUCUGCAUAAUGGGACAAAGUUAUGUACCGUGCUGCCGCCUCCCUAUCCCUCUCCACUCCAGUCAGUUCUCGGCUUUGCCUAUAAUCGAACCAGUGGAACAAUUUACUUCCUCCUGACUUCUUGGGAUAUAUGGGUCUACACAGCAAGAACUGAUCCUGCAUGUAGGGCAGCAGUGUGGACUAUUGAAGAAAUACACCAGCACUUAAACAGAAAACACCCCUUAGCCUCUUGUGUAGAGAAGAAUGAAUAUUUUCAGCAUACUCGAAAGGAGAGUGUAAGAGAUCCAGUGAGAUGCAAAUGUCUCUGCAGCCUGUCCUCCCCAAUAUGCUACUGGAUAGAUGAAGGGCUGGUGUAUGCAGAUACCCAGGAAUUUCUGGUUCUUGGUAUGCAGGAUGGAAGAAUCCUGUUUCUGCACACCUCAAUACAAAAUCUAGUAUAUUAUGAGAUGAAGGCCUAUAAAGAUCCUGUAAUUGAAUUAAAACAUGAUAUAGAUCACCAUCAACUGAUAAAUAUGUGCCAGGAAUUGGAAUACAAAUUGGUGCAGAUCUGGAGUUUACCUGCCCUGCAGUUGCUUCACCAGAUCAAUAUCUCGAAUGAAACCAUGGUUUUCACCAGGAUUAACAGUUCACUGUUCCUUGGCCUGCAUUCUGGAGCUGUAAAUGUCUUUGAUGUUCAUAUUGAAGAAGGCCCAGUGGAGCUGUUGGAGAAAAAUGAGAAAAAGCCAGGGGGAAAUGAAGAACCAGAUAUCACUCAUGAUUCUGAAAAUGCUCACAAGGGCCCUGUGGUAGCAGUGGAUGCCUGCAAGACCCUCUCGCUCUUUCUAAGCUGUGGUGCGGACUACAUGGUGAAACUCUGGGAUAUUCACAAGAAUUUGCUGGCCGAAAUUUGUCUUGAUAACACUCUCAGCUCUGCUUGUUUCCUGAAUGGUUCUGGAGAUAUUUUAGUGGCUUUCAAAAAUGAUCUUUACAUCUUGCCUCACAGUAAGGCACUGGGUAUCACAGCGACAGAUACAGAUGUCUCUGGAAUCUCAGCAACAGAGUCCUUCAUUUAUGAAAACCAAGCUUUAAAUUACCAAAAGGAAGGAAAAACUGAUGUCUCCAAAGUCACUGACAUGGACUCUUAUCUGGUGCCUUACAUGGGAUUUAAUUUCACCAGUGACUUCACAACAGAAUUGCUGGUUUCACCAAUGGACGGAGAAAAGCUGUCCUGGAAGUUGCCGCUGGCCCCUUCCCGGAUAUAUUGUUCUCCCAGUAUCUCAGCGACUUCAUUGAAGAUAUUUGACUUCCUGUUUCAACCUGGACCUCUCAGCAUAGAUGAGCGAGAGAAGGCGGAACUCUCUGAAAGAAUGAUCCUGACUGAUGAUAUGAAAUACUUGCCUGGCCCCAGACCUGCAAGGGCUGUGGAUUUGGAAAUACCUGAGUUUGGAAUCUCCCCAUGUUCUUCUCCACUCAGUGUAUGUUCAGAGGCCCAGCCUGAGGAAGAGGUUGCUGAAACUGAGAGUGAAUCCCCCGAUACAGAAUCGCUACAGCAAAUCCCAAGCACUGAACCGCAGCAAGUCAAUGAAGAAGCAGACAAGGAGAGAACAAAUCUUCUAACAGAAAGAGAUUUCUGUUUAGACAAAACUCAGACUUUACAGAUGAAGAAAAAAACAGGUUCUGAAAAAAGGAAGAAAAAAGCUUCAAAGAGCGACAGAUUUCCGUCUGGCAAAGAAAAGAAGCUUGUGCCCGGGAAAUUAUCCAGUUCAGACGGUGCAGGUCUGAGAAAGACACACACACCAAAACAUAAAAGAUUUUCCUCAGAGACGCAGAAUGCCAUGAUGGCUAGAGACCCCAAGACUGCCUCCCGGGCCCAUUCGGCUAUUCCGCUAGUGCCAGGAGAGAAAAUGAUUCCUACUCCUCCACCUGAGGCUCUGGCCCCAGCUGAGAAAAGGACCUUUCUGAGGAAGAAAAUGUAUCAACAGAAAGAUAGUAACAACGUGAGCUGGAGUGAUAAAGCCCUAGUGAGAUUGGAGACUUGGAGAAGAAAAGAAAAUGAAAGGACUGAGCAUGCAAAGAAGAAGCGAGCAAUACUGGAGCUCCAGAAAUUGCAGCAUCUCCACUUUCCAACAAGCCACUGGUUCUGUGCUCGCCCAGCCACUUCCCAGCAAUAUCAGAAUUUGCAGAUUUCUGAAAACCUCUUUGAAACAGAGCUUGCUGCUUGGAUGCAGCCUCACAAGAAGUCCCAUGUCCUUUCCCAUCCGUGCGCUGUGAUGCAGGAGGCCCCCAUCAACUUUUCCAGGGAGUUUCCUUACAGACUAGCCUGGGGACCUGUGACCACCCAUGACUUGGAGGGAAAACUGCGUUACCCAAGGACGAUGCUGGACUUGUUUAAAGAAGGCAAAGCAAGCAGCCUCCUUGUAGAGAGAAAUCUGCAGCCAACAAAAUCAAUCCCUAGCAAAGGGAGGUACAUCUUGGUGAAUGCUGAGACUCCUUCAAUAUCCUCUACUCCGCCUGUAAGCAGCCCACUGGAAGACAGGUUACUGAGUGUCCGAUUCCCCAAACAAAAAGAAAGGAUGCUUCAAACUCUGCCCCACAGUGUGCACAAGCAGUCUCAGCCUCCUGCAGCAAUGCGACACCCUCUCGCUUUAUGAAGGCAUUUCCAGGGUUGGCUAACACCAUAACAAGACCACUUUUCUAGUCCUGCAGAUCACAUUAUGUAAUGUGAUAUUUUUUUUCAAGCUAUAUUGUUAUCUGUUUACUCUCUUUAAUCUUGUAUUAAUACUUCAUAGUUGAUAUUCGUUAGCGACAAAGUGAAUAUUCAAUGAGCAAUAAUAGUCAAAGGGGAUAGCAUUUCCUAGCUGUUAAUUACCAGGUAGGCUGAGAACCAGGGAGCAGGGUCAUGGAAAAUGUUUAUGCCAAAAUCCAACUUUUCUGGUUUCAUUACCAGAGCAAAGCUCUCAAGGGUGUGCACUGACCUCAAGACCAUUUUAUGUGAACCUGGGACUGGGCUGGGCCUUCCAACAACUGCAUACCACUCUCCCUUAACCUGCAGCCAUCUUUCUGAGGGAGUGGGCCUUUACUCCCCCAACAAACAUCUUUGAGGAGGAGCUAGAUGGUCCUCUCUUCCCACCAGAUGUCAUCUGAGGAGCCGGCAAGCAGGCUUGCUGUGCUUCCCAAUACCAAAAAGGCUUCUGAAGGAUGCCAGGUAGCCCUACACUACUCACCAUCUGAGACCUGAGGUGACUCAGUUGGCCCAGAACUACUUGACAGGGUUUGCCUCCAUCUAAAGAUCUUGGGAAGGGGAGAAUGGCCCAGAACCCACCAUGUGGAGACUCUGGAAGGCUGGUAACGUCCACUAGCUCUUGCCCCCUCCUUGAAGACAUCUGAAGUAAAAUUUUAGUGUGGAGAGCCAGGGUGAACCCAACACUGAGGGCUGCAAAACAGAUGAACUGAAAUUCACCCCCAACCCCAAAUUGUUUUUUGUUCACUGAAGCCAACAGGUUUUAUGUAGUCCUGCCCGAGAACUCAAGCCCUCAGUCCAACCACCCAUUAGUUGCCAGAAACUACCCAAGUCAGAGGUCCAAUCACUCCAGUAAACUGUGUAAAAGUAAUAAAUUAAGAGAAUAGAAAAUAUCAAAGGUUUCACCCUGGUUUUGUCUUUCAUUUUCACACCCAGCUUUUAUUUCUUUACAAUAUCAGCCUUUUCAUACCAGCUAAUUAUGCUACAGUAGUGAACAGACAAGCAGGAUUGGUUCUCAUCAUUAGGCUAAGCUAACCAUGUUAUGUCUGUUACUCUCCAAGAGUCCUGAUAAAUCAAGGCUCUUGCAAAAGGGGAUUACAAGUUCAAUUAUUUCCACCAGUUCCCAUCUAUUCUACUAUGUCGUGGAUCCCAAUUACAACACCGUAAUCCCUGACAGAGUUAAAACAUGGUUUGAUCUUGCAGUGUAGCCACGAUCAAACUGUUUUACUUGUGUGCCCAAGUCAUGCUGUAGCACUGGACAUUAGCAGGGCUGUAGCACAGUGGAGAAACAUGUUUAAAACAUGGUUUGGUACUGUAUACUCUACAAGCCAGUACAGUCCCCCGUGUCAGGGAACAAACAAAUGAAUUGCUAUAGGAUAGGACCAUAGAUUAGUCCAUGUGGUAGGUGUCGGAGAUCCACAGGAUCAGUGCUAUGUCCCCAACUUCAAACAGUGUCUUGGAGGAACCCCUUUGAUUUUCCAGACCCCCAAGGGGUCUCACUUUCCCUUCAGCAUAGACCACACCGCCUCCCAAGAUUGAACCUCUGGGGCUUCAGAACCCUUGCUUCACACCCUGAGCUCUGUUCAGCGAGUCCAACUGAGAUAGACUGGUGGAGACUAUUCAGGGAUUAAUGCUCUUCACGCAGUAUUUGCAGGGACACUCAAACAGUGUUUCCAGAAUAGUAGGUAGGGGUUGUUAGUCAACUGGAACACAGCAUAGGAAGUCCUUAAGUUAACAUAGAGACAUGAAAGGUAAAGCAGAGGCCAUUCUGGUCAUUCCAGAGCAAGCCACUUGGCAAGCUGUAGUGAACUCCUUUUUCUGGCACUCUGUCUCUCUCUUUGACUUCCUUCCUUAGUCGGUUCCCAGGUGAGAGAGCCCCCAGCUUCUUCCGGAAGCCAACUCUUAUCCCUCCACCUCAGACCUCUCAGUCCUUCAUUCUCGAGCUGGGGGUAUCUGCUCAGCUUCCUUGCUGAGAGGCAGGGACAUCCUCCGCCCUCAGCAUUGUUGGUGUCAAUGUCCUGGUGCUUGGGUUUGCCAUUGUCUUCUUGGAUUUUCCGUUGAUAUAAGUCAGCCAAGGCUGGUCCUUUUUAAUGACCCAUUCAGAUUACUGAGACAGCUAGGCAAUGCGCACACAACUGUCUCUUAGACCUGGUCUACCUUACAAAUGUACAUCGGUAUAACUGCAUUGCUCAGGGCUGUGAAAAAUCCACACCUCUGAGCAAUGCAGUCAUACCAACCUGACCCCGAGUGCAGACCACCCUGUGUCGAUGAGAGGGCUACUUCCUUCAACACCUUGACUGAAGCGCUGCAAAGGCGCAGUUGCACCAGUGACACUGCAGCGCUGUAAGUGUAGCCAAGCCCUCAGCCUGCCCUGAGACCAAACUUAGUCCUUUCCCCAACUGGGUAACCGUGCAAAGUAUAGGGGAAACUGAGGCACUCAUAGGCUUCAGAAAAAAUCUUACCAAAAAUGCUCACUUCAUCACAGUAGGUAAGGUAUAAUGUGAUUUUCCAAUAUGGUUAUAGGACGCUUCUCAGAAGAAAAUCUAUCUAGAACCCAGCUAUGUUUACAUACAGUUGCGUCUACAACAGAUUCAGCAGUGGUAUGGACAGGGCCUCGGUGUUUGAAGGAGGAUGAUCAGAAUGUGGUUUAAUGAGGCUAUGAGCCAAGGUUACGAUAACUACCCCUGUGAUAGAGGGUUUUUCAAAAAUAAACUUAUUCUAAGCAAGGAACCAGGGCCAGCUCCAGGCACCAGCAAAGGAAGCAGGUGCUUAGGGCGGCCAAUGGAAAGGGGCGGCACAUCUGGGUCUUCGGUGGCAAUUCAGCAGGGGGUUCCUCGGUCCCUCUUGGACGGAAGGACCGU